ACCCCUUCUUCUUUUUUUAAAAAAAGAAAGAAAGCCCCUGCUUGCAACUUCGGGGCUGUUUAGAUCCAUGACGGCAAAUCCCAAGCACUUGUUAGACAUAAGCGCCGACGAAGAGGAACAACAGCAACGAGUAUCUAUGAGCCCGAACCCAGGAAAUGGAAUUCAACGCUACCUGGUCGCGAUCGAGUAUAUUGGGACUCGUUUUUCUGGGUCUCAGCAGCAGCCUAAUUUCCGUACGGUUGUUGGCGCUCUUGAGGAAGCUUUUCGUAAAUUUAUUGGCCAGCCAGUUUCAAUUUGUUGUUCAAGUCGAACUGAUGCAGGAGUGCAUGCCGUAUCAAAUGUUUGUCACAUAGAUGUUCAGCGCAUAAGCAAAAGGAAGCCUGGGGAAGUGUUACCACCGCAUGAGCCUAAUGUGGUCAGAAGAGCUGUGAACCAUUUCUUACAGAGGAAUGAAGGUGAUAUAAUGGUGAUUGAUGUCCGAUGCGUUCCAGCUGAUUUUCAUGCUAGAUUCAAAGCUCAAGAACGCACGUAUUUCUACCGCUUGCUAUCUGGGCCAGAGCCUUUGUCGAUUUUUGAGAAGGACCGAGCGUGGCAUGUUCCCGAGGAGUUAGACAUUCUUUCUAUGCAGGAAGCAUGCAAAGUUCUUGUUGGCCAUCAUGAUUUUAGCUCCUUUAGAGCAGCUGGUUGUCAGGCAAAAUCGCCAAUUAGAACUUUAGAUGAACUCAAUGUUACUGAGGUAGUUUCAACUCCAUAUUUUCCAUCAAUAAUUGAGAGGAGACAAGAGAAUUUAACCAAGGCAGAUGUUUGCGCAAGCUCUAACAAGCCUGAGAAUGACAUGCCUCUUAGAUCCGUUGAGGGGGCGAGUGACUAUAAUGGUGGAACUGUUCUUGGAUUUGGCGUAAGGAGAAGGCAUCGUUGCUUUGUGAUAACAGCACGGGCACGUUCUUUUCUUUACCACCAGGUUAGACUGCUCGUUGGUGUUCUAAAAGCUGUUGGGACUGGAGGAUUAGCAAUCUCGGAUGUUGAAAGAAUCCUAAAUGCAAAGACUGUGACUGCUGCUAGUCCCAUGGCCCCUGCCUGUGGUCUCUACCUUGGGCGUGUAAAAUAUGAUCUGCCAAGAGAGGAGUAAAAGGAGCCGUGGUUUUGACUGAAAAAAAAAAAAAAAAAAAAAAAAAGAAAGAGAAAAAGAAAAAGAAAGGUACUGCAAAGUCUACCAGCUGCAAUGAUGCCCAAGACAGUCAGCAUAUUUCAUUUCAAUAUGGCCCAGAUGCACUGAGGCUUUGAGAGAUUGGUGAUUGAGGCGUGGGAAGGAAGUGCAAAGUUAUAUUCUGCAACGUAAUUGUGUGGAAUUUGUAAGCACCUCGAUGUGCAGCUUGCAUCUCCAAAAUUAGUGACGAUUGAGAGCUUAUUCUUGUGUAAUCUUUAAAUGACUUUCUUUAUGGCCGACCACCAUACACUUGUAUUGCAUGCAGGAGAAAUUAUGAAUAAAAUAAAAGUCCCCUUGUAGCUAAGGCACAAUUAAUUAAUU